AUAGUGCGUGAGAGUGACACCAACCAUGAUGGCUUGCUGGACUUUGAGGAGUUCUCUCAGUACCUGUGGGCCCACGAGAAGGAACUGCGGCUCAUGUUUCACACACUGGACCGCAACCAUGACGGGCGCAUUGAUGUCGGGGAGAUUCAACAUUCGCUGCACAACCUGGGACUGGAUGUGUCCACAGAACACGCCAUCAAAAUACUACAGAGUAUGGACAGGGACGGCACCAUGACUAUCAACUGGAAUGAGUGGCGAGAUCACUUCCUGUUUAACCCUCUUCACAACAUGGAGGGCAUCGCCCACUACUGGAAACACUCUCUGAUGUUUGACAUCGGAGAGCACAUGACAGUGCCGCCAGAGUUUUCCCAACAAGAGCGCCAGUCGGGGGUAGUGUGGAGGCAGCUGGUUGCCGGGGCGAUGGCAGGGGCGGUGUCACGUACAGGAACCGCCCCCCUAGACCGUCUCAAGGUCUUCCUACAGGUGCAUGGCUCCAGCUCUAGGGGGAUCAACCUGUGGACGGGGCUGAGGGGGAUGGUCCAGGAGGGGGGUGUACGAGCCCUCUGGAGGGGCAACGGCAUCAACGUCCUCAAAAUAGCCCCAGAGUCUGCCAUCAAGUUCAUGGCCUAUGAACAGAUCAAGUGGUUGAUCCGGGGCAGAAAUGAAGCGGGUACUCUGCGGGUGCAGGAGAGGUUCAUCGCUGGCUCUCUGGCUGGAGCCACUGCACAGACAAUCAUCUACCCUAUGGAGGUGCUGAAGACUCGUCUGACCCUGAGGAAGACUGGCCAGUACUCUGGCAUUGUAGACUGUGCCCGUCAGAUCCUGAGGAAGGAGGGGGUGCGAGCCUUCUACAGGGGCUACGUGCCCAACACACUUGGCAUCAUACCAUAUGCUGGCAUAGACCUGGCUGUCUACGAGACUCUGAAGAAUGCCUGGCUCCAGCGGUACAGUAAGGGCUCUGCUGACCCGGGGGUGUUGGUACUGCUGGGCUGUGGUACUGUGUCUAGUACCUGUGGACAACUGGCCUCCUACCCCCUGGCUCUCAUUAGAACACGUAUGCAGGCCCAGGCCUCCACUGAGGGCGGGCCCAAGCUGUCCAUGGUCGGUCAGUUCAAGCACAUCAUAUCACAUGACGGGGUACCUGGGCUCUACCGCGGCAUUGCCCCCAACUUCCUGAAGGUCAUUCCUGCUGUCAGCAUCUCGUACGUGGUAUACGAACACAUGAAGAAGGCUCUGGGUGUGAAAUCGUAGAGAGAGGAAUUGAGAGGCAGAAGAAAGAGAGGGAUAUAGAGUGCAGCUCUUGGAUUUCAAGAUGGAGAGGAAGACAGCAGAGGAUUGAGGGACAGAAGACCCUUUUCAUACACAUUCAGUAAGCUUCCUGUUUACACCUAGCUAGACAGAUAUACUCACUGUUUGAAUCUCUCAGCCCCUCUGACGCUGUACCGUCAUUAAAAAGAGGGAAGAGUCUGCUAUCAGGCUGAGCUGAAGUCUGUAAGAAACGGCUGUGUCCGAGACAGAUUAGGAGGAGGAGGUGUGAGAGCGAGAGAGAGGAAUGAGAGUGAGAGAGGAAUGAGAGCGAGAGAGAAAGUGGAAGAGAGAGAGAGAGAGAGAGAGAGAGUAUGUGUGUCUCGGCAGAAUCUGGGCCAUUCUUCCUCUUUGUUUAUGAGCUGUAAACCCCAUUAUAGUCACAUGUCCACAAUAAGUCUGUGUGUUGCCCUCCAACCAAACACAGUGAAGCACACAGUACAGUUUGUAUACCUAUAUGUAGGCACUUAUCUAAGGUCAGUUUCAUGUUUUGUGAAUAUAAAGUGAUCUUCCUCCAAUGACCUUGACAUGUACUCUGUAUUCUCUCUUUACUACACAGCAGAAUGUGUGGGGUUGUUCCACAGUGUGCUGUUGCUAGAACACUACCAAGCCAAAGUAACCCUACUCUUUAUUUCAAUAUCUCAAAAGAGAUUAGAAUUGGAUUACAUGCACUAUGUUUGUCUUCAGUUGCUAUUCUCAAAAAGUACAUUCUAAUGGGGGAGAUUCUAAAGUUCUUAAACGAGGAAACUUUGACGUUUACAUGAUGUACUGUAUAUUGAUACAGUAUGUAUUUUGUAAGGGAAAUAUUCUGAACACAUUUGUAAGAGAUACUUAUACAUGGUCUUAUACAGAGCUGUUCCUCUGACCUAGUCCAUGAAUGGCUUUGCACUUUUUAGAAAGGGAAUGUUUCUCCCCUAUUUUAAGUGGCUCUCAGUCAGGUCCAAAAUUAUUGGUACCCUUGAUAAAGAUGAGCAAAACAUACUAAAUAAUGCACAUUUUGACCUAUAUUGUCUGCUCCAAAAAAUGUGAACAUUAUAUAAUUUUAUACUAAGACAAUUACUCAGAGAAAGAGAUUUUGUCUAAAGCUAGAAUCCUUAAAUAACAAAGCGGUCAACCAAACACUUUUUUGGUAAAAAGCUGGGGGAAGGGCCUGGAGAAAUGUAACCACUCUCAAAUUCAUAGACAGAGCUACGGAUGUCAGGACUGACCAUCAAUGAGAUGAAAGUGAUAGUUUUAACCAUGUUUUGAGGCUCUACAUUUACAUUGUUUACAAACAUUGGAGUAAAACAAGCUUAUA